GGUCCGGACGCUUCUGAUUGAAGCAUAAAUAAUGUGUGGAGGUUCGUAUAAAACGUGACAAGACGGUUCCUUGUGCCUCACUCCGUAUCAAAUACCCACGGAGGCCUAGUGAAGUGAAACAGUAGUUGAGAACAUCUUUGACACAUCUGCAGAAAUGGCCGUAGAAGUACCACCAUGGCUGAACAUCGACUACACCAAGAGGAUACUGCGACUAGCAGAGGAGGACAAUACCUUGCAGGUGACCAAUAUAUUUACCAAAGCGGCCACGGACAAGGGCGACAACUAUACCAGCGACAUGUUCAGGGUGACGGUGGAGUUCAGCCGUAAUAAAGGGGAUAAUAAGAUGACCGAGAAGAAGUCGAUGAUCUUCAAACUUGAACCAGUCGAAGAAGGUGCCCGACGAGAACUGGUUAGGAAAAUUGAACUCUUCGACACGGAGAUCUCUGUUCUAACCGACACAGUGAAGAAAAUGAAUCACAUGUUGGGACCUGAGGAACGCCUCAGCGCGAAAGUUUAUCACAUACGAAUGGAACCACCGUUGUGUUUGAUCCUAGAGGAUCUUUCUGUUCUUGGUUUUCGUAUGGCCGAUCGUCAACUUGGUCUCGACAUGGACCACGCGUUAAUGGCUAUUAGAGGAUUGGCUAGAUUUCAUGCUGCAUCGGUCGCUUUGUGCGAAAAGGAACCGAAAUACAAGGAGCGAUAUAGAAAAGGAUUGUUCAGUAUGGAGUAUCCAGAGGAGAUGCACACUUUCAUAACCGGCACUUUGACAGCGAUGGCGGAAGAAGUGGAGAAAUGGCCAGAAUUUGGAAAACACUAUGCGGAUAAACUUAGGGCGUUUACACCUAAUUCAUAUCGAAAAGGCUGCGAAGCUAUAGCGCGUAAGGACAACGAGUUCAACGUGAUUAAUCAUGGGGAUUGUUGGGUGAAUAACAUGUUGUUCCGAUAUGAUGACAAUGGAAAACCGAUUCAGCAUAUUUUCGUAGACUUUCAGCUAUGUUUAUACAGUUCACCUGCGGUUGAUCUACAUUAUUUUGCGGCUACUAGCUUAAGCGAAGAAGUCUACAAACAUAGGAGAGGUUUGUUGCUCGAGGAGUACUUGAAAACGUUAACAAGUGUCAUGAAGAAACUUGGUUGUAAAACAUCACCGCCCACCAUGGACGAAUUGCAGAGGACUCUGAAAGAACGAGAGACGUACGAAUUUAUCUCUUCAAUCGUUAUCUUGCCAAUGAUACUGUUAGACAAGGAAAACGUAGCGUCUAUCAACGAACUAAUGGAAGCGGAAUGCAAAGUUAACCCUGGUAUCAAGUCAAAGGCCUUCCGGAAGGUGAUGAGCAGAAGAUUGCCAAAAUACAUGGAAAUGGGCUUAUUCGAACCGUGAGCCUUUCAAUAUGUUUUAACACGCUCGAUGAUGUGCCGCAAUUAAACGUUGGCGAUACCGAGUGAACAGCAGUGGGUGUGUUAAAGAAAGAUUUUCGAGAAUCGAAUUCAAUGAGAAGUGAUGUCAAUUACGUACUCGAGUUUACGUGUGUGGAGGCUGUGUUGAAUUGUGAUCGAUUUAUUGUAACAGUAAGAUACAUUGUAAGCUGUUCUUUAUCGUGUUUCCUUGAAGCCGAAUGGUUUAAACAAGGUUCAAAUAUUUUUUGUAAAUCACUUAGACUUAAUAACGACGAGAAAGGGUUUAGAAGGUACACGCUUAGAUUAAUUUAUUUUUCUAAGUCCACAAGUCCAUAGUACAAACUGAACGAUAAAAUGUCACCGAACAUACAUAAUUAACAAAGUAUUAUUUUAGAUGUAAAUAAAAGAUUUUUGCUGUUAAUCGUGCUACUAUUUUGAAAGUACACGAACAUUGUUACACGUUGCACAAUGAAAACGAAAUAAAAAAAUUAAAAAUCAAUGAAAA